ACACAACCAUAUCCCCCACAGAGGAACCAUACCACAUUGAUGGAAUUCAUCUUAAUUGGUUUUUCUGAUGUUCCUGGUUUGCAAGGAUUUCUUUUUGGGAUGUUUUUGAUAAUUUAUUUAAUUAUUCUCCUGGGAAAUAGCCUCAUUAUCAUCAUAACCAAGGUUGACCCUUCCCUCCAGACUCCCAUGUACAUAUUUCUUGGAAAUUUUUCUUUUUUGGAAAUCUGUUAUGUGUCAGUUACAGUUCCCAGAUUACUAACAGAUCUUUAUAGACAAAAUAGAAAUAUUUCUUUUAUGGCCUGUGCUAUACAAAUGUAUUUCUUCCUGGUGUUGGGAGCAACAGAGUGCUUUAUUCUGACUGCAAUGGCAUAUGACAGGUAUGUUGCCAUUUGUAACCCAUUACUUUACCCCCUUAUCAUGAACAAUAAAUUCUGUAUCCAACUGGUAGUGGGCUGUUGGCUAAUUGGGGUUCCAGUACACAUAGGUUUUACAUACUGGAUCUUUUCUCUACCAUUUUGUGGUCAUAACCUGUUGAAUCACUUCUUCUGUGACAUACCUCCAGUCCUUAGUCUUGCCUGUGGAAACACAUUUAUGAUAGAGAUGUUGGUUUAUGUGAUUGCUCUUCUAGUUGUCACUAUUCCUUUUAUCCUGAUUCUUGGAUCUUACAUGAAAAUUAUAUUAACUAUUCUGAAACUGCCCUCUGCCACUGGGAGAGCUAAGGCCUUCUCUACCUGUUCUUCCCACCUCAUGGUUGUAGCUUUAUUCUUUGGAUCAGGCAUCAUUACAUACUUGAGGCCAAAGUCUAGUCAUUCAGUAGGAACAGACAAAUUCCUUUCUCUUUUCUAUACUGUUAUGACACCAAUGUUUAACCCCAUGAUAUAUUGUUUAAGAAACAAAGAUGUUACACUUGCCUUGAAAAAAUUCCUUCUGAGAUGGAUUAUGUUCUGA